GACAGUGGUCGUUCUCGGUUUUGGAUCCCUGUAAACUCUCGUUACCUCGACGGAGCUCUCUUCCUCUUCUUCGCCUGCUUCGCUUUCUCUUUACUCCACUUCGCUCGCUGCUCCCUCCGGCCAGGUAUCAUGAUGUUCAAGAAGUCAUCGAGUAGAAAUCAGAGAUCUAAAGGCGUGAAGAUAAAACAUGGUCUGCAGAUUUUACUUUUGCUUGGUAUAUGCUUCUGGUUGAUAUAUCAAGUUAAGUACUCACAUGAUAAGAAGAGGGAACUGAAUGAGAAGGAUGCCAAAACAGCAGCAAAAGAAGAAAGUGGUCGUGCUGUGAAGUUUGGGAGAAAGGAUCUUCAUCCUCUUAGGGAUGAAAUGGCUACAAUCACAAAUCAUGUGGAAGAUGAAGAGGAAAGCAGAGAAGAGAAUGACGAAAACCAGCACAACGAAGAGCAUGAUGAAGAAACAAGUAAGCAUGAGGUAGGGCUGGGAGAAGAGGGGAACAAUCACGAACAUGAUGAAAGAGAGGAUGCAAAUGAUAGUGUAACAGAUCAAGAAGCUGCAAGGAGACAUGAAGAGGAAGAAGAGCCUGAAGAAGAGGAAAAUAGGAUUAAUGAUCCGGAAGUAGUGAGAGAAGGUGGAGAGGAUGAGAACGAUGAGCCUGAUGAAGAGAAAGUGCAGGGAGAAGUUGAUCGUGAGGAGGAGUUCAUAGAUGAAGAGAAAGAGAGAGAAGAGGAUAAUGAUGAGAGGGAGACUGAAGGUGAUGAUGGGGAGGACAAAGAGGGUCAAGCGGAGGAUGAGAAUGUUUCAGAGGAUGAAGAACACAAUGAGAGUGAGAGUGAGAGUGGUCAUAGUAAGCACGAGGCACGUGAAGAAAAUUACAAAGCUGAUGAUGCUUCCAGCGCAGUUACCCAUGACACCCUAACUACAUUAGUGGACUCAGAAAAGCUAGGUUUACGUGAUGCCGAUGACAAUUCUGAGUCAAGUAAAACAGGUCAGGAAAGCAACUCAACCAUCUCUGACCAAAUUAAUGAAGGUCAGGAUAACUUGAGGUCAAAUAUGGAAGAAAAUCAAGUUGCUGAAAAGGCUGCAAAUUCCAGUGAAGUGGUAAGUCAAAUUAAGGAUCAUGAUGAUACCAAGGCUGGCCCUGCAAAUAGCUCACUUCUGAAACCAGCCAUUACUGCUGAUCCCAAGGACCAAGAAGAUGCAGGAGUCAGCUCUACGGAAGUGAAUAUGGGAUCUGUCAAUAACUUGACAAUGAGUGGUACGGUGGUUAAUGGGACUGAGAACAUUUUGGAUUCACCUCAAGCUCCAAAUCGAACUUGGGUUGAUGCGCAUGCCAGUGACGGCUCCAACCAGCAAAAUAUUAGAGUGGAGAUGGCCAAAGUUUCUACUGAAGUGGGGAAUUCGUCAAAUUUCAUUAGCGAUCAGACAUCAACAGUAAAGGAUGAGAACACCAGCUCCGACAUGAAAGGUGAAGCAGAUAACAUUUUGAAACUACCCUCGAUGACGAAGGAGAAUGAUGAUCGUACCCAUAAGGAGACGUUGGAUCGCCGGAGCGAGGCAGGCAGUAGUAACACCAGUUAAUAUGUCCACUGUCUGAUCAACAAGAAUCGCAAGACUCGUCUGCACUACGAAGCUGUCCUCACUGAAUCUUCGGAUUUUUUUUUUCGGAUUUGCUGGAGUAAAGAUAAACAGCUGGACUUAGAUACAGGUGAUGUGCUUCUUGGGCUCUGAAGGAUGUAUGAAUUUUGGUUUCUUUCUUUUCCGGGUCCUCUUUUUUCUUUUUUGCUUCUCUGUUUGGAAUGUGCAAGAAGCCUUUUCUUAUCAGUGCAUCUGACUUUAGGUAAUCAAUCUCUAACUACUAAACUACAGCUACCACUCUUUAGGCUGAGAA